AUGAAUGAUAAAGAUAAUAAUUAUGUAUUAAAACUAUCACAUAUUUUAUUAUCUAAAAUCAUUGGAUUGUUAAACAAGAAUAUUGACAAGAUAUGUUUCAGUUUAGUUUGUAAACAACUUUAUCAACAAAGAGAUAAAUAUAUAUUUUUAAAUUGUGAUAAUAUAUCACAGAGGCAUUCAAACUCUAUAGACAAUGAAUAUCCUCGAUUUCAAUUGAAUUCAUACAAGAAUAUAUUAAAGAGAUCAUUGGAAUUGAAAUCAAAUUGUUCAUUGUUAAUCGUCAAUACCAAUCAUCUCGAUGGUGUCGACUUUGAUUAUUUAUUAAUUACAAAUGAUUUAAAAGAAUUAGAAAUACCUAGUACUGUUACAAAGUUGGAUAUUCAUUCUGAUUUCACACACGAUUUAGAUAGCGAAUUUAAAAGUAAACUUGAACGAUCGAAUGUCAAUCAAUUAAUUUUAGAUAGUCGCAACAUUUUAUUUGAUCGAUUUCCUUCGAAUAUCAACACGUUACCCAGCUCGCUACCAAGCACCCUAAGAAAGUUAAGUAUAUCAUUUCGAUCGCUGAACUCUUCUAAAAGAGAUUAUCUUCCGGCAUCUCUUACCAAGCUAUCAGUUUUCUUUGCGAAUGACGAUGUUAUCGAUCGAGAUGACUACAUUCCUCAACACGUGCGAUCACUCAGUUUGUCAGUUCGAAACCAACAGCUAUCAAAAGCAUUUAUACCUCGUGGUGUAAGAAAGCUAACGAUUACAGGAAGUGUAUCGUUGGAUGUCGAUACAUUUAGCGAGUUGGAUCAGUUGGAAGCUUUGGAUCUCAUCAGAGUCUAUUCCUGUGAAGGCAAUAUAGCUGAUUCACCUGUCUGUAUAUUCCCGGCGGAUCCACUGGAUUAUUUACUGAAUGGUCGUUUCAGUGAGUUGAUUCAAUCCGAUAUGUUACCACGCUGUAGGAAGCUGGUGUUUUCCUAUAGCUGUGAUAUCGAGUCAAUACCGGAUGGUGUCGAGACACUCGCGCUACUAAGCAACCACCAUUUAGAAUGGAAAAACCUACCAAGUUCAGUGCGCACUCUAACUAUUUCUCAGAAAUCACUCCAACUAAAUGGUGUCGAAGGAAUACCAAGUAAUAUCACCAACAUCCGACUAAAGCGAAGAGCCUAUAAAUGUUAUCUUAGAAGAUUGAAUGACCAUCAAUUCUUGUUGUGUGGUUCUGGAAAACAUCGAACCAAUGAUUUAGGAGCAAUAAUCAACCAGUGUGAUUUAUUGAACAUUUCAUUAUAA